AGGCACCAAGCCACAGCUUUUUCCCUUUCCCCAUCUUUCUCCUCAUCAUAUGUGUCAUCAUGGAUUCCAUUGCAUUGCAUUCUCUCUCUCUCUCUCUCUCCCUGCACAAGCACCACCACCUAAACGCUACACCUUUCAACUUUUGCCUUUUUACCUCUCCAUUUCUUUAUUCACUUCUCUCUCCUCUGUCUCUUCCCCCUCUCAGCUACUAGCAGUAUCAGAGUUGCCUCUCCAUGUCUAUUUAUCCUCUUGCAGCUGCCUUGUUGCUGGCGGUACCUAAUUAGCCCUCUUGCAUUGGCUUGCUUGAGUAAUGACCCACACCUAGUUAAGAAGAAAAGUUACCCUUUAUUUUGUCCCCCAAGCAGUUAAACAAGAGAGAGAGGUAGCAAAUUAGUUCGUUCAUGUCUUUUUGUUGUUAGAGACGAAAGACACACGAGAUCGAUCGAUAUAUCAUACAAGUCUAUCUAGUUGUUGAGUUCGUUCCAAGGUGAGAUACAUGCUGGAAAAGCCACCAACAAUGGCAAGUGAAGCAACGGCAGCCAUCAUCUCCAACCCCUUGAUGGCUCCUCUUCCUCUGUCUCAUCAACAAGCAGAGCAGCAGCAGCAGCCUCUCCCUCCUCCGGCCAAGAAGAAGCGCAGCCUCCCGGGCACACCAGACCCUGAUGCGGAGGUGAUCGCUCUGUCGCCGCGGACGCUGAUGGCGACGAACCGGUUCGUGUGCGAGAUCUGCGGCAAGGGCUUCCAGCGCGACCAGAACCUGCAGCUGCACCGGCGGGGCCACAACCUGCCAUGGAAGCUCCGGCAGCGCAGCGGCAAGGAGCCCCCCCGGAAGCGCGUGUACGUGUGCCCGGAGACCAGCUGCGUCCACCACAACCCGUCGCGCGCCCUCGGCGACCUCACCGGAAUCAAGAAGCACUUCUGCCGGAAGCACGGCGAGAAGAAGUGGAAGUGCGACAAGUGCUCAAAGAAGUACGCCGUGCAAUCGGACUGGAAGGCGCACGCCAAGACAUGCGGAACACGAGAGUACAGAUGCGACUGCGGAACCCUCUUCUCCAGGCGCGAUAGCUUCAUCACCCACCGCGCCUUCUGCGACGCGCUGGCCGAGGAGACGGCCAGGCUCAACGCCGCCGCCGCGCCCAGCAGCUACCACUUCGCCGCGGGCUCGCCGCCGGGGCUGGCCGCCGUGCGACCCAACAUGGUGCUCCCCGCGCCGCCACACCUCAAGCUGUGGGGCGGCAGCGAUACUGCUACGCUGCCAUCCAUGGGCAUUAUUGGUGGCGUCCUAGCCGGUGCCGGCGCUCCGCCGCCAGUGGUGCCCCCGCAGCUGUACGCGGAGCUCCUCCCCGUCCCCGGUGCACCGUCGUCGCAGCAGCUGGACGCGGCGCAGCUCGGCUGGUUGUACGGCGGGAGCACCGGCAAGCAGCUCUCCUCGUCAAACGCCAGCGACCUGACGACGACGGAGGCGCCGUCCGUGUUCAGCGGGCAGCACCACGGGAAUGCCAAGCCCGCGCCGCCCACCGACAUGUCGGCCACGGCGCUGCUGCAGAAGGCGGCGCAGAUGGGUGCCGUGCAGGCGUCCGGCAAUGCCAUGUCCGCCGCCGAGGACGUGUUUCGCGCAAGCAGCCAACUGCAGCACGCUGCCAACCUCACCGGCGGGAACGUGGCCUACGACAUCCUGUCGGCGGCCGGCCUCAAUAAGGACGCCGCCGUGCACGUGGGGAGGGAGGAGACGAGGGAUUUCUUAGGCGUUGGUGUGCAAGCGCUGUGCUCCUCGUCGCUGCCGCUGCAUGGCUGGAUUGCUUGAUCGAUCGAUCGAUUUCCAGGCAAUGCCGCAAUCACGUAGCCGGGCGGCCACUGGCAGAUCGAUGAGCUUAGUGACUAGCAGUUUAUUACUUAUUGCAUUUACCAUUUCUUGUCUUGGUAUGUUAUAUGUUUACUUUUGAGAUUUGCACCGGGGAAACUUAAUUUCUUGGGACAAUGCAA